GCUUCAGGUCUAGAGAGGUCCAGGCCUUCGCCCGAGCCCCGCCAGCCACUACCAACUUGGGACGGGCAGGCCGGCCCGUGUUACAUACAGGCCCAGGCCCAGAAGCCGUCAGAAGACAUCCAGCCCUAGGCUAGGCGCACGGCGGCACGGGAGGCAGACGAGGCGAGAAGUGGCAACUGGCAACUGGUACCUUUGGGGAGGCGAGGAAGGACACGAGAUCCCUCUCUCCGAACCCCGCCGCCCGCCGCAGAUCCGAAGGUCAUUGGCAGCCAUGAUCUCGUCCAGCAAGCUCAAGUCCGUCGACUUCUACAGGAAAAUACCUAGGGAUUUGACCGAGGCAUCACUAUCUGGCGCUGGAUUAUCCAUUGUAGCAGCAUUAGCAAUGGUUUUUUUGUUUGGAAUGGAGUUGAGCAGUUACUUAGCAGUCAAUACUACCACAUCUGUGAUCGUUGAUAGGAGUUCAGAUGGGGAGUUUUUACGGAUAGAUUUCAAUAUGAGCUUUCCUGCGCUUUCAUGUGAAUUUGCAUCAGUUGAUGUUAGUGACGUGCUGGGAACAAACAGAUUGAACAUAACGAAAACUGUUCGAAAGUAUUCAAUUGAUCGGAAUUUAGUACCAACUGGAUCAGAAUUCCACCCUGGCCCUAUCCCCAUUCUCAAUAAGCAUGGAGAUGAUGUUGAAGAGGAUCACGUGGAUGGUGCAUUUUCAUUGUCAUCUCGCAAUUUUGAUAGCUUUUCACACCAAUAUCCUGUUUUGGUUGUCAACUUCUAUGCUCCCUGGUGUUACUGGAGCAAUCGACUGAAACCUUCAUGGGAGAAGACAGCAAAAAUAAUGAGGGAGAGAUAUGACCCUGAAAUGGAUGGUAGAAUCCUUCUAGGCAAGGUUGACUGCACUGAGGAAGUUGAAUUGUGUAGGAGAAACCACAUACAAGGAUACCCAUCCAUUCGUGUUUUCCGUAAAGGGUCUGAUAUAAAGGAGAAUCAGGGUCACCAUGAUCAUGAAUCAUACUAUGGUGAACGUGAUACUGAGAGUUUAGUCGCGGCAAUGGAAACAUAUGUUGCAAACAUCCCAAAAGAGGCUCAUGCUUUGGAAGACAAAUCCAAUAAGACUGUUGAUCCUGCAAAGCGCCCUGCUCCAAUGGCCAGUGGGUGCAGAAUAGAAGGCUUUGUGCGUGUCAAAAGGGUUCCAGGGAGUGUUGUUAUCUCAGCUCGAUCUGGAUCUCACUCGUUUGAUCCAUCCCAGAUAAAUGUUUCGCACUAUGUGACACAGUUCUCAUUUGGCAAAAGACUUUCCCCAAGGAUGCUGCAUGAAUUCAUAAGACUUACUCCCUAUCUUCGUGGAUACCAUGAUAGACUAGCUGGCCAGUCUUAUACUGUUAAGCAUGGUGAGGUUAACGCCAAUGUUACUAUUGAGCACUACCUACAAGUUGUAAAGACUGAGCUUGUAACACAGAGGUCCUCAAAGGAACUGAAAGUGCUUGAGGAAUACGAAUACACAGCACACAGCAGCUUGGUGCACAGCUUCUAUGUUCCUGUUGUGAAAUUCCAUUUUGAGCCUUCUCCCAUGCAGGUCUUGGUAACUGAAGUCCCGAAAUCCUUCUCCCAUUUCAUCACAAAUGUCUGCGCUAUCAUCGGUGGGGUCUUCACGGUUGCUGGAAUACUGGAUUCCAUCUUUCACAACACACUCAGGAUGGUGAAGAAGAUUGAGCUAGGAAAGAACAUUUAAAUUUCGACGCCGCUGCAAGUUUAGGCGGAUGCACUAGGUAGCCAUUGUUUUGUUAUAACUAGGUAAUGACUCAUGAAAAUCGGUAUAUGAAAGAUGGCGUGCUGAAUUGACGGUUGAAAUUCGGGGGGUCAUGAAAUCAUCAUAUAAUAACUAGGGAUCUCACUGUUUCGCUAAACCACUCACAAUAAGACAGUGGAUUGCUGCUAGUGUGCCACUGUGAUAAGUAACCGAGUUGGAUAAUAUAUUCAGUAUAUUAUCUUGCCGUG